AUGGCUGCAGUGGUCAUUGGCAAUGAUAAUGACCGUGAAUUCUUUCUCCCCUGCCCCCAGAUGUUCUUGGCCAGGGCACUUUAUGACAACCACCCCGACUGUGCCGAUGAGCUGGCUUUCUGCAGGGGAGACAUCCUGACCAUUCUGGAACAAAAUGUGCCGGAAAGCAAGGGCUGGUGGAAGUGUUUGCUUCACGGGAGGCAAGGCCUGGCCCCUGCCAACCGCCUUGAAAUCCUCGUGGAGGCCCCCGCCGACAGGCCCUGUCCCCCUUUCCUGAGAGGCCCGGAAGAUGCUUCCACCAGCUCCCAGGAGACCUAUGAAGUGCCCACCCUGCUCAACCCCUCAUCUCCAGGCCCUGUGUACGAGCAGAUGAAGAGCUGGGUGGAGGGGCCUCUGCCUCCCACAGUCCAAGUCUAUGAAGUCCCUGACCCACCUGCCAGCGCCAGAAUCAUCUGUGAAAAGACUCUAUGCUUUCCAAAACAGGCCCUCUUCACAAUUCCCAGACCUGCUCGGACCUCGUUGCCAGCUCUGCCUUGCCAGGUGUAUGAUGUGCCCACCCAGAGCCGGUGCCUCCCAGCCCUAAAGGAGCCAGGGAAGCAGCAACAGCUAUAUGACAUCCCCCCCAGACCCCAAAAAGCAGCACUUGGUCCCCCUGCCAGCCAACCAAACGGGCAGAGUGUUCCCCUGAUGUCAAGCAUUGCCUUAAGGAGAGGCAGCUGCAACACGUUGCCAAGCCCUCAGAAAUCCGAAUGGAUUUAUGACACGCCAGUGUCUCCGGAAAAGGCUGAUGUAAGAAACUCAUCUCUAAGCAGCUUUGUGGAAAAAUCGGGGCACCGUGCUCUCCCCAGGUACAUGUCCAGUUUUCACAGCCCUCAGAACAGCAGAGCAACGACCCUCAGUCCACACCCGCGGAAAAAUGUGCCCAUGCAGAAAAAACUCAGCCUUCCAGAGAUUCCUUCUUAUAGCUUUCCACCAGCCAGGGAUGCAUUCCCUUUGGAUGAAGGUGCCAGCUACCAGGUCCCUUCAAGCUUUCUGAUCUCCCGAGUGGAACAGCAGAACACCAAGCUGAACAUUUACGAUGUCCCUAAAGCGACGCCAAGUGUCCCCCAGGCUGGGAAAGAGCUGGCAAAAGCCGAUGGGCCUUCAGAUAAUUCCAUGGACCAUAAUUCCUCGUGGUUCUCCGGACGGGCAGCAUCGCUGUCUCCUGAACCAGACAGCCUAUCCGUUUCCAGCUCUGGCAGCAGAGCCAGCGUCCUUUCCUCCUCCUCCUCCACGUCCAGCCACUCUUCUAGCUCCUUCUCGGAGGAGUCAGCCAGAGAGCUCCCCUUGGACCUGGACUUGGCCAAAGAGACAGCCACAGCUCUGCAGCACAAGGUGGACCGCUCUGUCGCGGGCCUGAUGCUCUUUGUCAGCAGGCGGUGGAGGUUCAGAGACUACCUGGAGGCCAAUGUCCACGCGAUCCGCAGGGCUGCCGACUGCGUAGAGGAAUCCUUGAGAGAAUUUCUGGAUUUCGCCUGCGGCGUCCGUGGGACCGCCUGUAACCUCACCGACAGUAAACUUCAGGCCAAAAUUAGGGAUCAGCUACAGACAAUCUCCAACUCCUACCAAAUCCUGCUUGAAACAAAGGAAAGUCUGGAGAGCUGCGAUUGGUCCCUGGAAGUCCUUGUGACCAACGAAGUCCAAAACAGCCUGGAUGACCUGGAGAGAUUUGUCCUGACGGCGAGGAUGGUUCCAGAAGACAUCAAGAGGUUCGCCUCCCUCGUCAUUGCCAAUGGGAGGCUCCUUUUCAAGCCGAACUGUGAAAAGGAAGACCCCGCGCAAUUGACCCCAAAUGCAGAAUUUAAGCUUGCAAAAUCCAUCCGGCUUCCCCAAAAGGAGAUUGAAUCAUACCAAAGGAAUGCUCCUUUUCAGAAACAAAGGGAAAGCGAACACCCUCCUGAACUAUUAAAGAAGAAUAGGACAAAUGUUUGUGAACAGGAGUUGCCUAGCCUAGAAGAGAAAGAAAAACCCAUCUUGGAACAAAGGUUGGAUGAAAACAAAGACUUAGAAACACAGAAUCCUAGCUCCCUUAGCCCCCGACCUUUGAGUCAGCAGAACCCUGCGAAGAAAAUCCGCCUUUCUGAACACUGCCGCCUCUAUUUCGGGGCACUCUUCAAAGCCAUCGGCGUGUUGAACAGCAGUCUCGGCAACAGCCAGCCCCCCGAGAUCUUCAUCACACAGAGCAAGCUGGUCAUCAUGGUCGGGCAGAAGCUGGUGGACACGCUGUGCCAGGAGACCCAGGAGAAGGACGUGCGCAACGAGAUCUUGCGUGGCAGCAGCCGCGUCUGCAGCCUGCUCAAGGACCUGGCGCUGGCCACCAAGCACGCCGCACUCCAGCAUCCCAGCCCCGCCGCCCUGCAGCACCUCCAGGCCGAGGCCAAGAAGCUGGAGCGGCACACGCAGCAAUUCAGGGGGACGUUGGAAUGA